GAGGGAUGACGGAGGGUGUGGUGGAAGUAUAAAGCCGUCCCCGCAUCCGCUUCCUCAUCACUUCAUCCCUGCACUCUUGACUCUUCUGUACGUUCAGACGCACCGACUCAGCAAUCAUCAUGGGUGAAGUUCAGACUGCCAUAUUUUUACUCAUCGACGCCUUCAAACAGUACGCCGGCACGGACGGCGACAAGAACUCUAUGAGUAAAGCAGAGGUGAAGGAGAUGUUCAAAAAGGAAUUCGGGUUGGAGUUGGGGAAAGCCAAGGACCAGGUGGGCAUCGACCGCAUCUUCAAAGAUCUGGACGCCAACAGUGACAACAAGGUGGAUUUCCAGGAGUUUGUCUGCCUGGUGGCUUCCCUCGCUAUGUUCAUGCGUGAUCCUGCGCUCUCAAAAUAGAGCUCGUGUCUCCAAAACGCCAUCAGACACCAAUAAAGUCAUACAUCAUGUCAUACAAUAAACGCCAUUGAAAUACUCAA